AUGAGCUCUCAUGCCGACCGUGAUUGUUUAGUUGAUGCUUCGGUUUUGCCGAAAGAUUUUUUUUCACGUAUUAAUCAUGAAUUUUAUGAUGUUGUUAAAUUUGUUGCCGGAGAUUUGACGGUUAAAAUUUUACGUAUACAAAUGAUUAAUUCUGCAGGAAAGCUAUUGAAUACUCCUGAUGUAUUCGCAUUUUUGCGUGUUGAUUCAGAAGAAACAGAUGCAAUUAAAAUUGAAUCAUGCUUCAAAUCUAAAAAUGGUCAAUUUAUAAUUAAACCAGGUAUUAAAAGUGGUGUAUCCUACUUGAUUAAACUAUUACAAGAAACAUUAAAAGAAGAACGAGAAUUAGCAUCGAAUGAAAAUAAUGAAACUCACCAAAAAUAUACCAAUAAUGAUUUUAUUGAUAAGCAUUCACUAUUAAAAUCGAUAAUAGAAUGGUAUCAGGUGAAUGAUUUAAACAAUACUAACAAAACAAACGCAUUUUUAACGUCGUUUAUUGACAAUUUAAUAAGCAACUGUACACGAUCUCCCAAUCAUUUUAGAUAUGAUGAACCAACAAAGAAAUUUGCAAUCUGCUUAUAUGUUCUAGGUGGUAAACAAGUCUAUGAGUUUAUUCGUUUAAAUCUAUAUGGAUCUAUUCCUAAUUUGACUACAGUCUGUGAAUUAAUCAACAAAUCAGAUGCAGCCCUUAGUGAAGCAGAAUUUAAAUUUGAAUCUCUUCAACAAUUUCAUUCACGUUUUGCCUUUUGUUCUGAAGACACUACUGGGGUAAUUCGUAAAGUUGAAUAUGAUUCUUCAACCAAUUCUUUUGUCGGAUUUGCAACACCAAUUGUUGAUGGUAUUCCAUUAUCACAAUCGUAUCAAGCUGAAACAUUUAAUGAUUUAAAAACAAUCUAG